GCCGAUCGAGAGACUUCUGCUCCUUUCCUAUCCGAUAACGAUCAUCGUGUUACCCGACUCGAUAAUCGACCCAAACUUUUGGAAAAGGUGAGACACUCCUCGCGAACUGAUUGAAUAUUAAAUCGUUAUAGCUUAUCGCGUGCACUACGUAGAUCCUCGGUAACAGGCCUAUGAGUAUCGCACAGGACGGUAACGAUCUGGAGACCGAUUGGCGAGAUAGCGAAUUUAUUACCGAAUGUUUGUGCUGGCACAACGUUUAUCGACAAAGACACAACGCGCCUCCUUUAACCAUGUCGCCACAGUUGUGUGAGUACGCUCAAACAUGGGCGAAUCAUUUGGCCCAUACCAACACCUUUUACUACAGAAACGAUCGACAAGUGGGACAAAAUCUUUACUGUCGUCCCGGAGGUGCCGUUCCGACCGAUGUAACUGGACAAGAUGUUGCAUCCUAUUGGUACUCGGCGGUCAAACAGUACGAUUUCUUGAAGGAACCCGACGUUUUACACGCCAACGUAAAUGCCGGUCAUUUUACCCAAUUAAUUUGGGCCAAUAGUCGUUACUUCGGCGUCGGUAAAGCUCGCAGCAGAAGCGGCAAAGUGAUCGUCGUAGCCAACUACCAACCUGUUGGCAAUAUAUCUGGCCAAUUUCAAAACAACGUAUUGCCACCUUUGCCCGAUAACGUUAACGUCCCUUUGUCGCUGCCGCCUCAACGAUCUACCAAAAUAUUUCGCGAAGAUUAUAUCGCGUCGGAUUCUCCGCCACCAGCUUCGUCUUCCGUACCCUUUUCGGAUACCGCGUCUACGGAUAGCGAUCGUUCUUCCGUUAGUUCUACGCAAUAAUACAGACGACCGAAUUGCCUUUUCUGCGUUUGCACGCGUCGAUGGGAUAGGCGUUGACCGGAUGCGUUCGAUCCUCCUCUCUUCUUCCUCCUUGCUUCUACGACCUUCUUCUUCUUCCAUCCUCUUUAUUUACCUUUCUAUCCUUCCUCUUCGAAUCGUUGCUUUAUAAGCUACUUAUUAUACUACUUAUAAGAGAAUACGCUUACGCGAUGCAACUCGUUAAUUUAAAAAUAGUUUAAUUAGGUUAACACACACACACACGCACACAGUUCGAUCGAAGACGCGUCGCGUUAAGGAGAAGGGAGAAGAGAACGAUUUGAAAAAAAAAUUGGCGUGCAUACUUCGUAGAACAGGCAUAAACGAUGGUUCUAUAACGGCGAGAACUCGUUAUUACCUUUUCAAGUGCUUUACAAACUUAAAAAUCGUCUUGGUGCUCGCUCGCAAUUUCUGCGGUAAAAUUGCGCAUACUGUUCGGAGCUGAGAAGAUUGUUACGUUCUUGUACCGUCGUCGUACUACGUUUUUCUUCCGAUACAAACAUCAACGGAUCGCGUAAUUACCCCUUGAAAUCUUGCCCCUAUUCCGUCCCGCGAGUAAUCUUUUCGGUUCUCUGCAGUAUCGUACGUGAUACGUUGUCUAGUUAAUCGUUAACUGUUAACUAUUCCAGACAACCGUUCCAAAGGACCGUACGUUGGGACGGAUAUCCAUGGAAUAGACAAAAGUAGUUGUAUUAUCGAUCUGGCAGCAACUUAGUAUCGUUACGAUGAUAUAUCGUGUAUUACCAGUAUUUAUAUACAUACGUAUGGCAUGUAUGCGUAUGUGCUACUAGUCGGACAACGGAUUAAUAGCUUAGCGCGUUAACGCUUCUAUCGUUGCGUUAUUAUCGGUUAAGAUUUUUUCUUUACGAUUAUUAUUCCUUUUUCCGAUACCGUCCUCUUCUUUCUUCUUAGUUUUCUUUUUCCUUUCAGCUACUCGUAAGACACGCGCGCGUACUUGUUAACGAUUGAAAGGAACGACCGAUGACAAACUUGUCGUGUUAUUCGCGUUUGCCGAACAUAAUGUAUCCUCGCUUAGAGAUCCGAUAGCGUAGAACUGUUGCUCGAAAAGAGAACGAGACACCGAUAAUUAUUAUACAAACGUUAUAGCUAACUACAACAUUUUUCUGAAAUGUUUUUUCACUUUUUCUACUGCCCAAAACGCGAGCAGUUGAACAAAAUAUAUUGUUCCUAUUAACGAUUCCGAUGGCUGGAUUAAAAUUACAGCUUUGCUGUGGAGUAGCUAGGCCUAGAAAAGUGUUCGCACGAUAAAUUUAUUGCUUCCGAUUCGUUCCAGUCGAAUAGGUACGUUUAACGUAUACCGUAAAGAAAAUUCUUUCGAUAAUUAUUCUAUACGAAUACUGCCACCAGCGGUCAUAUAAAAAACGCGAGCAGUAAAUGAACGAAAAGUAAACGGUAUGCUCGGAAUAUUCGUACCUUCGAUCGGAUGCGAAUAGAGAUCGAUUACGUUCGAAAAUAUCUCAAAAUAGUUAUACGAAUAGAUAAUGUGUUACUUUGACUGAAUUUUUAAACAAAUAUCAAGGCGAUCUCGGCUUCGAGUGUUGUUGUUGUUGUUCUUACUGCAUCGACAUAAUAGAACGUUCUUCGAAUAAAAA